UUAGGGAGUUAGGAUUAUCGGCACCUGUUCAAAUUCACGAGCUUCCCUGUUGCGACCCAGUGGGCUGAUAGAUGCUUCAGCGGCGUCUUUUCAAUUGAUAUACGAUGGAGGAAUUUUUUCUGAGAAUAAAUUCUUUCGAUCGGAGCCUAAAUAAAAUAUUUUCAUCGCAACAACGCGAAAUUUACGAUUUCCGUUCUCAGAAAUAACGAGAUUCGACAAGUUCAAGAAACAUUAAAUUGUUAUCUGAUUUUGUACAGCGCUGAAUCAUUGCUUUUUAAAGAACUCGGGAAUGCUUUUUAUCCGUAGCGUUUUAUUUGAGAAAUGUUUCUCUGCUUAUCAGCUUGCUAGGUCGAAAAAAAAAAAAAGAAGUAUGGCUCUAGGUCGUCCCGAUACUCCUCCUAGUACCUACUAAAAUAUUCUUUUAUCGGGUAAUUUUAUUUUAUUUUCUUUUCCAAGAAUUGCUUCUCGUUCCGGGUGGAAAAAUUGGAGCCUCCCUUGGUGCACGUUUCGCUUCUGUAAUGGAUCGUUAUCGAUGCGAACGUGGCGCGUCAGGCGUACGAGGAUCUCAUUGAGGCUCGACUAAUUUUAACGCAGACGAAUCGGUGAACGACUUUUGAUGGUAAAGCAAAUAUUUCGCAAUUCGUUUCCCGAAUGGAGCGAUUUCGCUGAUCUUUCACCCAAUCCGUGGGAGCUUGAACGUUUGCGGCGCGCCGCGCAAAUAAACAUUGCUAAAUUUAUAGAACUGGAAUGGAACUGGUCGCUUCUUAAUCCCCACCGAGACAGCGAUAGUCUUCGAGCAACCACGAAGACACAUCGAUACCGUCUUCGACGUGAAAUGUCUGUGAAUUCGAAUCGCGAAGUGAACAUCAUCGUAGAUCUUUCAAACAAGAAGAGUUUUAUGAAUGAAAAGUUGCGGAAUGGUGUGAAAUUGACGAAGACAUGAAGCCUUCGUUGACACGUUCGACGCACUGUUGUUCUGGCGCGUGACAUAAAAAAGAAGCAUUUCCUUCUACCAUGUGAUUCAGAGGAAUUCGGGAGGAUGAGGAAACUGGAUGACAGCAGAUGGAACGACAGAGUGAUCCUAAACGUUGGUGGCGUACGCCAUGAAACGUACAAGUCGACCCUCAAAAAAAUACCAGCCACCAGGCUGUCGCGUUUGACGGAAGCAUUGGUCAAUUACGACCCAGUUUUAAACGAAUACUUCUACGACCGGCAUCCAGGUGUUUUCGCCCAAGUGUUGAAUUACUAUCGCACGGGGAAGCUUCAUUACCCAACCGACGUUUGCGGACCACUUUUCGAGGAGGAGCUCGACUUUUGGGGAUUGGACUCCAACCAGGUAGAACCGUGUUGUUGGAGCACGUACAGCAUUCACAGAGACACUCAGGCGACGUUGGCAAUCCUCGACAAGUUAGACGUGGAAGGUGAGAAGCUCAGCGAUGAGGAAAUCGCGCGAAUUUAUGGGUUCGAGGAGGCCUACAACAGAGGGACGUUGUCAAAAUGGCAGAGGCUGAGACCAAGAAUCUGGACUCUCUUCGACGAACCGUAUUCCUCCGUCAUGGCGAAGUGCAUAGCCUGCGUUUCUAUACUCUUCAUCUGCCUCUCGGUUCUCUGCUUUUGCCUGAAGAGUUACACGGCCUCGAAACGGUCGAGGAACAAUCAACGGUACGGUGAAUUGUUGCGAUCAGAAUCGGUUUGGAGCGAAGAUGACGUCGACUCUUACCCCGUGCUAUUUUACCUCGAACAUACGUGCAACGCGUGGUUCACUUUGGAGAUUACUCUUCGCUGUUUGGUGAGCCCCAGUUUGAAGCGAUUCGCCGCGUCGCCAGUAAAUGUGAUUGACUUGACCGCGACGCUGAGCUUCUACACCGAGUUCUUAACCAAGUCUAGCCUGUACCUGGAGGUCCUGUCGAUAGCCCGAGUCCUGCGGCUCUUCAAGCUGACGAGGCACUCUCCGGGGCUUAGAAUCCUCAUUCACACCUUCAAAGCGUCCGCCAAGGAACUGGCGCUAUUGGUCUUCUUUCUCGUCUUGGGCAUUGUUGUCUUCGCUAGCCUCAUCUUCUACGCUGAACGUCUUCAAGAUAACCCGGAGAAUGACUUCGACAGUAUACCGCAUGGUCUCUGGUGGGCGUUGGUUACCAUGACGACUGUUGGUUACGGGGACAUGACGCCAAAAACUUUCCCUGGAAAGUUCAUCGGUGGACUCUGCGCCCUUACAGGAGUCCUGGCCAUUGCCCUUCCGAUCCCAGUCAUCGUCAGUAACUUCUCCAUGUUUUACUCCCACACUCAGGCUCGCAGCAAGUUGCCUAAACAAAGGAGAAGGGUACUUCCGGCGGAGGUGCCGAAACGAUCAAGAUCUUCGAUUUAUCAGAUUCAGAGUGACGUUCAACACGAUCUUGACCCCGGUGAACCGUCCAGCCAACUCGCACCGAGGCCAGCGACCAUAGGAUUCGAGAAUGUUCUACACUCGCAGCCUAAUAUAGUAAUAAAUUUACCACGAGACUCAGCCGUGACGGGAACCAUAAAUUCUGACAGAACGGGCUCUCCUCGCCUCGCCGCCGACAAUCCCGUGAAAAAUGGUAAAGCAGUUGAUGGAAUCGUCGAUAACGCGAUGGAAGUGGACGCCAAGAGAAACGAAAAUUCGUUCAUGGGAACCUGCAAGGACUUUCCUCCUGCUUACGUCGCCGUGCCAGGAAACCCAGAGUCGACGCAAAUUUGAUUCGAACAGUUUGUAGACAAUCAAGAAUUCCUCGCGAGAUAAAAACGAAAAAAUACACUCGCUGAAUCUCUUCCAGCGUUAACCAAGGCACGUGGAAAAGAUUGCACAAGAUUGGCUCUUUCGGGCGAAAGGGGUUGAAAUUGAGGGCGAACGGGCGCGUUCAGCAUCAAGACAAUGAGUCAGUUCAAACUCCGCUUACGGUGAAGCAGUUCUUGCCUGAUGAACACAUAACGGUGCAACAGCGUCCAUCCAGCCGCCCCAAAUUUAGCUGCUUGCGAUUCCCCUGUCUGUUCUCCGAAGUGAUAUCUUUGCUCAAGGGGACACGUCUCAGAUCCGCUCGAAUGGUGAAACAUAAACGUCGGCCCAGCUAACAGAGUUGACACAGGUUUCGCUCCAGCUGUGCUUAAACCAGCGAGAGACAUAACGUAGAGGUUUGCACGCGCAGGAGGGAGGAAAAUCGAAAGUAGAAAGAACGAAGUAUUAAUAUCAAUGUUAUAAAUGUAAGAGCAAUCUGUUCGAUUAACUCGAUUGUAUGAAAUAAUUAAGGUACCCGUUGUGAUAGUCGAUUUUUUCGAAAGGCUCUGUAAAAACGAAAGUAAUUUAAUUCAAAUAAAAGAUGGCUGAAUCUAAAGAUGACCACAAUCGCCCGGGUCCCUGUAUAACCGACCUAUUUACCGAACAGUUAGUAAUCAAUCGUGUUGGAGUAAAAACGAAAGUAGGUGAAACGCGGCACAAUGGGAGAGCGUAGAUGUUGGUCGACUUGAAAUUAUUUGCGCUACGUCGUUCAAUUCUACGCGGAGGUCCGUACUUUGUUUAUACUUCGCUCGGCAACAGUACAAGUCUUAAACCAUUUCCCUCGGAAUUAUCCUUCCUCGGAAAU